UUGGAAUUGCACAACUCGUAUCGCGCUAAGCACUCUGCACCUGCUCUUACUUGGAGUGAUACUCUUGCCUCGUAUGCUCAAGACUGGGCUGACGGAUGUGUGUUUGAACACAGCCAAGGUAAAUAUGGUGAAAACUUGGCUAUGGGCUACGGCGACUGGGAAAAGGCUAUCAACGCUUGGUACGACGAGGUUUCCGACUAUGAUUUUUCGAACCCUGGCUACUCCUCUGGCAUUGGUCACUUUACGCAAAUGGUUUGGGUCGACACAACUGAGUUGGGUUGCGCCGUUUCCCAAUGUAACGGCUCGCCUAUGUAUGUCUGCGAGUACAACCCUCCAGGAAAUAUUGUCAGCGGCGAUUUGUUUGAGAAAAAUGUCUUAGAAAACUAG